AUGGCUCCCGAAGCACAGACCGACGACCUCGCCGUCCGGCGGGUGUCCGUCAUCAGAACCGCCGUCGAUGAAUCGACCGUCCACGAGGCGGCCGCGGCCACCGAGGCCGAGCACAGCAUGGGCCUCCUCAAGUCCCUCAAGCUGUACAGGAAGGCCUGCCUGUGGUCCAUCUUCCUGUCGACAUGUAUCGUCAUGGAGGGCUUCGACAUCGUCAUCCUCAACAACCUCUAUGCAUACCCCCCUUUCCAGCGCAAGUUUGGCAUCGAGCAGGCCGACGGUACAUACCAGCUCACAGCCGCUUGGCAGUCCGGCCUGUCCAACGGUGCCCUGUGCGGCCAAGUCAUUGGUCUCUUCGCCAACGGCAUCAUCGCCGACCGCUUCGGCUACCGCAAGACCAUGAUCGGCGCACUCCUGGCUUGCGUCGGCUUCAUCUUCAUCAUCUUCUUUUCCGAAACCCUGGUCCAGCUGCUCAUCGGAGAGAUCCUCAUCGGCAUCCCAUGGGGAGUGUUUCAAACUUUGACGACGACGUACGCCGCCGAAGUGUGCCCGACCCAUCUCCGCGCGUACCUGACGACGUAUGUCAACCUGUGCUGGGUCAUGGGCCAGUUCAUCGCCUCCGGCGUGCUGCGGGCCAUGCUUGCCCGGGAGGACAAGUGGGGAUACAAGAUCCCCUUUGCCCUGCAGUGGAUGUGGCCGGUUCCCUUGAUGAUCGGCAUCUACCUCGCGCCAGAGUCGCCUUGGUGGCUCGUUCGUCGCGGCCGUCUCGAUGACGCGAAGCGGUCCCUGACCCGCCUGACGACGCGAAACUCGGGCGUUCCUUUCCAACCUGACGAGACGGUGUCGAUGAUGGUGCAUACCAACGAGAUGGAGAAAGAGAUGACGUCGGGUAUCUCGUAUACGGAUCUUUUCAAGGGCUCCAACUUGCGCCGAACCGAGAUUGUGUGCACGGUGUGGAUGAUCCAGACUCUUUGCGGCUCUACCUUUAUGGGCUUCUCGACAUACUUUUAUCAGCAGGCCGGCAUGGCGGUCGAGAACUCGUUCAGCAUGUCUCUCGGCCAGUAUGCGCUGGGUGCCGUCGGCACCAUGACGUCUUGGUUCCUCAUGGGCUGGUUUGGUCGUCGAACGCUGUACCUCGGUGGCCAGCUGCUCAUGUGCGGUCUGCUGCUCACCAUCGGGUGUGUCGCCUUCGCUGGUCGCGAGAAUGUCGCCGCUCAAUGGGCCAUCGGGUCGCUGCUCCUCGUCUAUACCUUCACCUAUGACGCCACAGUCGGCCCCGUGUGCUACUCGCUCGUCUCGGAGCUGACGUCGACUCGUCUGCGGACAAAGUCGGUCGUGCUGGCUCGCAACAUGUACAACAUCGUGGGCAUUGCCACCAACAUCAUCACGCCGCUCAUGCUCAACCCGACUGCCUGGAACUGGGGCGCCAAGUCGGGCUUCUUCUGGGCGGGGACGUGCUUUGUCUGCGCCGUGUGGACCUUUUUCCGCCUGCCCGAGCCAAAGGGCCGCACCUACGGCGAGCUCGACAUCUUGUUCGAGAACCGCGUCAGCGCACGCAAGUUUAAGACGACGUCGGUCGAUCGUCUCGACGGACACAAUGCCGAGAGGACCUCGGAGAAGGAGAAGGGGUUUGACGAGGUCAUGGUGGAGCGCGUGGACAGCCGACCCUGA